AUGUUUGACAGACGCCUCAUGUCUCCUCAAACUAAGUGCCUUCUUUCUGGGGGUUCGGCAGACUCCUACACCAGCCGUCCAUCCGAUUCAGAUGUUUCUUUGGAGGAAGAUCGGGAGGCAGUGCGCAGAGAAGCAGAGCGACAGGCCCAGGCCCAGUUGGAAAAAGCAAAGACAAAGCCCGUUGCAUUUGCAGUUCGGACAAAUGUCAGCUACAGUGCUGCCCACGAAGAUGAUGUUCCCGUGCCAGGCAUGGCCAUCUCAUUCGAAGCAAAAGAUUUUCUGCAUGUUAAGGAAAAAUUUAACAAUGACUGGUGGAUAGGGCGAUUGGUUAAAGAAGGCUGUGAAAUCGGAUUCAUUCCAAGCCCAGUCAAGCUAGAAAACAUGAGGCUACAGCAUGAACAGAGAGCCAAGCAAGGGAAAUUCUACUCCAGUAAAUCAGGAGGAAAUUCAUCAUCCAGUUUGGGUGACAUAGUACCUAGUUCCAGAAAAUCUACACCUCCAUCAUCUGCUAUAGACAUAGAUGCUACUGGCUUAGAUGCAGAAGACAAUGAUAUUCCAGCAAACCACCGCUCCCCUAAACCCAGUGCAAACAGUGUAACGUCACCCCACUCCAAAGAGAAAAGAAUGCCCUUCUUUAAGAAGACAGAGCACACCCCUCCGUAUGAUGUGGUCCCUUCUAUGCGACCUGUGGUCCUGGUGGGCCCCUCUCUGAAGGGGUACGAGGUCACAGAUAUGAUGCAAAAAGCACUGUUUGAUUUUUUAAAACACAGAUUCGAAGGGCGGAUUUCCAUCACACGGGUCACCGCUGACAUCUCACUGGCCAAACGCUCUGUCUUAAACAAUCCCAGUAAGCAUGCAAUAAUAGAAAGAUCCAACACGAGGUCAAGCUUAGCGGAAGUUCAGAGUGAAAUCGAAAGGAUUUUUGAACUUGCAAGAACACUGCAACUGGUGGUCCUUGAUGCGGACACUAUCAAUCACCCAGCCCAGCUCAGUAAAACCUCUCUGGCCCCUAUUAUAGUGUAUGUCAAGAUUUCUUCUCCUAAGGUUUUACAGAGGUUAAUAAAGUCUCGAGGGAAAUCUCAAGCGAAACACCUCAAUGUCCAGAUGGUGGCGGCAGAUAAGCUAGCUCAGUGUCCUCCAGAGCUGUUUGAUGUGAUCCUGGAUGAGAACCAGCUCGAGGAUGCCUGUGAACACCUGGCCGACUACCUGGAGGCCUACUGGAAGGCCACCCACCCUCCCAGCAGCAGUCUCCCCAACCCCCUUCUCAGCCGCACUUUAGCCACCUCCACCCUGCCCGUCAGCCCCACGCUAGCCUCCAACUCACAGGGUUCUCAAGGGGAUCAGAGGACGGAUCGCGGGGCUCCGGCCCGCUCUGCUUCUCAAGCUGAAGAAGAACCCUGCCCGGAACCGGUCAAGAAAGCCCAGCAUCGCUCCUCCACCCAGCACCACAACCAUCGCAGCGGCACCAGCCGAGGCCUCUCCAGGCAAGAGACCCUGGACUCGGAGACGCAGGAGAGUCGCGACUCCGCCUACGUGGAGCCCAAGGAAGAGUACUCGCACGAACACGCGGACCACUACGCCCCGCCCCGCGACCACAACCACCGUGAGGAGCCCCACGGGGGCGGGGAGCACAGACACAGGGAGGCUCGGCACCGCUCCAGGGACCGGGAGCAGGACCACAACGAGUGCAACAAACAGCGGAGCCGCCACAAAUCCAAGGAUCGCUACUGUGACAAGGAUGGGGAAGGGGUGUCCCGGAGACGGAACGAGGCUGCGGACUGGAACAGGGAUGUUUACAUCCGCCAGUGA